CGCUGGCUCGAAUGCCUUGGAUCUUAUCUCAUGCCCCAAAAACUAAUGCCAUUCAAUCUGUAGAAGACCAUCCAAUCUGUAGCCUCGUUGGUUUUUCAGUAGACAUGCUUAGUCUAAAAAACCAUCCCACCACUAACUAGGGCUCAAAUGCCCCAGAGGGCCGGAUCUUGUCUUGUCCCGUGCCCCCCAAAACUCAAAAUGCUUCCCGUAUAAGAAGCCGAGCAUCUCUCUCUCUUCCACCUAUCUUUUAUUCAAAAGAAAAUCACAGGAGGGGAUUUUGGGAAUGCCCAACUCUCCCGGCCGCCCCUAUGUCCUCUUCCAAAUUUGACAUUCCUUCCCAAAAUAUCCCUCCUUUGGCUCGUCUCUCCGUCUCUCCCCUCUUUAAAUCCCCCUCCCCCUCUCUUCCCAAACUCUCCCUGUCUCUCUCUCUCUCUCCACAUCUCUCUCUCUCUCUCUCUUCUAGGCGAUGACGGCGCCCAACAUAGAGAUGAUCGCAGCGUCGCUGAGGAACUGCUCGUUGGGGAGAGGAAACAGGGGAGCGGCGGCGUCCUUGUCGCCGCGGACUCCGCCUCCUCCACCGCCGCCGCGCCUGGUGGACGAGGCUGCUGUGGAGGAGGAGGAGGAGGAGGAGGCGGAGGGAGCGGGGUUGACGGUGGAGCUGAACUCGGAGUUGCCUCUGCCGUACCACUGGGAGCAGUGUCUCGACAUUCGGACGGGAGAAAUAUACUACGUCAACUGGGAGAACGGCACCAGGACCACCGAGGAUCCCCGGACCACCACCACUGCCUAUCUAACGAGCUACUACUCGGAGGAGGAAGAAGAAGAGGAGGACACCUCCGACGAGGACAGCACCUCAGGCGACGGCGGCGACGGCGAGGACGACAGCGGCGAGCCCAGCUUCUCCUCCAGUGCCUACUCCGGACUCUCCUCCAUCUCCUCCCCUUCCCCGGGCGAGACCGCCACCAGCACCGCCGAUCCCUCCGGCGGCGGCGAGAUCCUCGUCGCCGCCGGCUGUAAGGCCUGCUUCAUGUACUUCAUGGUCCCCAAGCGCGUCGAGGACUGCCCCAAGUGUGGCGGCCUCCUCCUCCACCUCGGCCGCAACGGUUGCAUCUAAAACGUGUUGGAUUUUGGGUCAAACUAGUGAGAAAAAAAUUAUUUUUUAAGCCAAGUCGAUUUUUUCUCCUCCUCCUCCUCCUCUUCUGUUUCCAUCUUCAUCUCCUCUUCUUCUCUCCCCAUCUAUACCCACCUGUGAAUCAUAGAGAUUAACCUAUAAAUAACGGUAAAUAAUCCUUUCUUAUAGCAAUUUUCUCUCUAAGACCGUGUUUAUGGAAUUUUCUAUGAUUCACAGUAGAAUUUCCUUUUUUGAUAUUAGAAAGAAAAUUCUCUCUUUUUGUUUUUGUCUUGGUCUGAGAAGAAAGUAUGUGAUCUCUGUGCAUGGAUUCUGAUUCGAUUUUUCUCUUUCCUUCCCUCCACGUCUGACCGUCUCCAUGCCAACUUAGCCGUACAAAUAAUGCCCUUUGGUGCCCCCGGUAUGCUUACUCACGGUGGCCACAUCUAGAUCCAUCUCUUUGCAUGUCUCCUUUUUCAUGAUGUUCUAAUUUAAAACUAGCUUUCCACGCGUUAGCAAAAUGUACAUCCAUCAGAUAGCUACAGAUGUCUUCGCUGUAGCGCACUCUCUUGUCAAUGUACUUGUCAAUUUGAUCCUGACCCUUCAAUCAGGGGCUGCAAUCGUCCACCCCGAUACAAGCCGGGUUGAAUGCAAAAUAGACCAAAAAUCUACCAACCCGAAUCUAUCAUACUUAUUAACAGAUAACCUAAUCCAACUUAUAACAAAUUGAAUCAAGUUAAACAAAUUAAAUGAUCGAGUCUGCAUAGCGGCAAGGCUGCAGCGCGGGUAGCGUCACAAUGUAUGUUAGGAUCUAUGGUUGGAACUUAAACGAGGCAAUGCAUUAAUUGUCAAUAUGUUGCAAGAGAAGCAUAUGAACAAUGGUUUUGGCCCCAUAUUAGUGGGCCCUUUUGAUGUCUAGCAUAAUAUUGGCUUGUAUAUCAUUUCCUUUUAA